AUGCAAGACUCCAAAAACCUCCUCCUGGGUUUUCCCAGAGAGAUUAGAGACGCCAUCUAUGCCUUCUCGUUUGGUGACUUCCCGUUGCCCCGGAAGGUUGUCUGUUGGCCGUACCCGGAAUAUCUUCAGGGCGUGUCCAGUAUCCCAACACCUCCUGACUACGACCGUCGCAACAAGAUCACGAACACCUCAAUCCUCCGAACCUGCCGCCAGAUCCGCCUCGAAGCUUUCGCUGUGAUGAUCAAGACACACAAGCUCGUCCGAAUCUCUGUGGUUAACGCCCUCCUAAGCCCUCACCUGAUCGGGUCCAUGCUCUACAUCGUGCCCCUGAGCGAGCAGGCCUUUGCCAGCUACCCAGGCUUCAUCAUGACACACAACAUCGAGGGCGAGCAGGACGAGGACUCAGACGGCCCAGCCAGGCGGUGGAGCUUCGCGCUGCCCUCCCGUGACCUCGGCAUGUUCUGCCGGGCCGUGGCCAGCGGGCACGCCUUCUGCCUGAAUGCUCAGUGCCAGAUCCGACACCGGAUCACAAUGCAUGACCCCUUUAACACGACAUGUAGCCCGGACUGGAUGUGCCUCAAGAACCAGACCGAGUACCUCAAGCCGUACAGCGACUGGCUCGGCGGCGCCGCGCACUUCCACAUCACCGGCAAAGUGGACGCCAACCUGGCGGCCUCGCUGACAGCCGAGAUCCAGACCCUCCCAGCCGUCGACAUCACCAAGAUGCUGAACAAAUACACGCGCAUGGACGCCACCGGCCAGCGCCACCUCCUAGGCCGCGGCCUCGCGCGGUUCUCCAGGGCGUGCCUCAAGGCCCUCACGGAGGUCAGCCGGCUCGUAGAGACGGACGCGUGGCUCGAGCGCGGGCCGGGCGGCCGCCCCAACCAGCUCGUCAGGGGCGUGCGGGACAUGUUCAACAUCCUGAGCCGCGAGCACGGCGGGCCGCAGUGGGAGGACACCCAGGAGGACCACACGUGGCACAUGAGCCGCGCGAUCCAGGCCGCCGCCUCGCUGCUCGCCGAGCGGCCGCCGUCCGCCGCGCAAAAGUCCAGCGUCUACUACCGCAACGCCAGGGCCCACAGGCAGUACUCUGGCUCGCCCGAGGCGGCGGAGGCGAUGCUGGGCCUGGCGCUGGAUAUGGUUGCUGGCGAGGGGUUUGAGAACUGGAAGGAGCAGUGUCUUGAGGAGGUGCAUGAGGUCUCACUGUGGAAGGAGGUUCGGAAUGAGUGGCUUCGCAGCCAGGAAACGGGCCUCUCAAGAGCACAGUUGCAGGGGAAAUUCUAA